ACCCCCUCUCUUGAAGACAAAGCCAAUGGGGAUAGAGAAAAGCAACACGGCCAGGAGCAGAGGGACCAGCCAGCUUGGUUUGCAAACACCCCCCAGAGCUGGGUGCAGGGAAGCCCAGGGGUGAAGCUGCCGCAGCGCCAUGAUCCGGAUCCACGUGCUGGAGGGGGCGGCUCUGGUGUGGAGCGCGGAGGACGCCCGGGAGAUCCGUGAGCGGUUCCGGCUGGUGGGGACCCUGGUGGGGGCGCUGGCCCGCAAGCCCCGGCAGAACGCCCGCCUGGGCCUCCCCCUGCAGCUGCUCCCCGAGGAGGCCCGGCUGCUUGCCGAGCUGGGCGCAGCCGUCCUGGUGAGGGGCACCGAGACCCAGCCCCCGGCGGAAGGGGAGGAACCGACCCAGGCAUCCGAGGUGGAGGCCUACCAGCAGGAGCUGGAGGAGAGCUACCAGGAGCAGCAGCGCCUGGCUGGGGCAGAGAGGGGGGCCCUGCUGGCCCGGCUGGCCGAGCGCAUCGCCCAGGGCCGAGCCCGCCGCAGAGAGCAGCGCGGGGAGACGCCAGACACGGUGGAGGAUUCGGGACUCCUGGAUUCGCCCUUUGUCCUGCCCCGUGGCUCUAUGAUGGUCCAGCUGCCCACGGCGCGGCGGCGCCCGGGGCGGGUUGAGCGGGUGGACUGGACCUCCCCUUCCCCGGACUGGCCUCACGCCGGCCGCCCGGCCCACGAGGCCCGGUACCGCGUCUUCCGCGAGCUGUGGGGCAGGGGCUACUACCUGUCCGGAGGGAGCAAGUUUGGGGGAGACUUCCUUGUGUACCCAGGUGACCCCCUGCGGUUCCAUGCCCACUACAUCGCGCUGUGCUGCCCCCCGGGGGCCCCUCUCCCGCUCCACGCCCUGGUGGCUGCCACCCGCCUGGGCACCAGCGUCAAGAAGACCCUGCUGCUCUGCUCACCGGGCGCGGGCGGCGCCCUCGCCUUCACCUCCCUGCAAUGGAGCGGGCUGCAGUGAUCCCCGCGGGGGACAGCCAGGAACUGGGGGGCACAAUCCGCUCCCAACCAGGCCUGGAGCACCCCUCCCCCCGGACCGAAGCCGGCCGGGGCAGGCGGGGCGCUGCUGGGUGCCCGCCGGCCCGGGGCUGAGCGGGGGACAAAGGAUGUUAAUAGAGAGGCAGCAGCAGAACUG